AUGCCCAGUACUGCCGACGGUUUCCUGAUUCUGAAGAUCCAGUUCUUCGCCUCGAAAAAGAAAUGAAGGGAACGCACGAAAAACACUUGAUUUCGAAAGGAAUUUUCUUUGUAUUUUGUUCGAAGUUUGUAAGAAUAAUGCUUAAACAAUACCAGAUCACAUCAUAAACGUCAAAAGAAAAAAACUGUUUUUUUCAAAGAAAAAAAACUACGUAACGUUUAGUAAAAAAAGUAGAAAGAAAGGAUAAAACUUUCGAUUUUCGAUGAGAAUCGCGUCGAAAUAGUUCAAAAGGGAAAUUAGAUGCGUUAUCAAUCAUUACGGAUAAAAAAAUGUAGGAAGAAAUUGAAAAAGAAAAUCGAAAAUUAAAAAAUUAUUUUUUUGCGAGAUGUUAUCAGUCGAGCGCGAUCGACCUAAAUUUUCUUAUUUUCCACGAUUUUUUUAUUUCGACUUUUUUUCUAUUUUGCAGGGUCCAUUUAGACUUUUAAUUUCAGAUUUUGUUUGUAAAGUGACUUCACUGAUGCUUUUUCACGCUGAUUAGAACAAUUUUUUUUCUGUUGUCAUUUUCAAGUUCUUUAUAACAAAAUAUUUUGUAAAAUAGUUGCGAAUCAAGUAUUCCCAAUAAAACUCAUCGAGAUGUAGAAGAAGCUUGACACCUCUCAAGGUUGUUCAUAAGGCGCUUCGUUUCUUUUGUUGAGGGGUUGCGCUCUCAGCUUUUCAUCGCGAUUUGAAGUGAUGAUUUGGCAUCGUCAGCUUCAAAUGGCAGAAGUCACGCCCACCUUGGUGAUGCCACGCCGACGGGCGGGUACCUGGCGUCGCCGCAUGACCGUCGCAGUCGGAUCGUCCGUGUGCCACCAAUGCUUCUUCCGACCAUUUUGUACUCGCUUCUCGUAGGUACGAUUCUCUUCCAGAUUUUUUUUCUCAAUUAUUCCAUUUUUUGAUAAUUUCUUGUUAUUUUUUUAGUUUUCCUAUAUCACUUAGAGGUGUUUAUCACAAAUAUGAUAAUUUAUAUUAUUACUAUAUGCUUCAAAUCGAUGUAUAAAGACGAAGUGCUUCAAAACUACGUGUCUAUCAGCCAUUAUUAAAUUAGAAACAAAAUCUCAACGAAUUUUCAACUAAAGAUGUGGUUCUACUUAAUUUCCUGAUGCCGAAACAUUUUUGAACUGUUUUCAGAAUCCUGAAUCCUUUUUCGGUAAUUAGGAGUUUUUACAGGUUUUAAUUUUUAAGAUACCAUCUCUUACAUCAAUAUUUACUCGGAUUUAUUUUCAUAAAUUCUUAUAGGACAAUUUUCUUUUGGGUAGGAAACGUGGCACAGACUUAAAAUGAGGUUUUUUUUUUAGUGAACCUUUUUUUUUCGAAAAUACUCUGAGUUUUCAUUGAUCGAUACGCAUUCCAUGAAAAAAAUUCUUGUGAAUCUCAGAAAAUUAUAGUUUCAAAGUUUAUCAAGUCCGAAAAAGUAUAGAAGAGAUUCAUUAAAGCUACAAAGAAAAGACGUGCCUGAUAUUAUCGUACAAGUUUCGAACAGAAAAAAAAUAUAAUUUUUUCAAAAUCCAUGCUCAUUCCAACGUUCACACGGCACAAGAUUCGCAUAGCCGACAGAAAAAAAGAAAAAUUUAGAAAAAGAAUUAAAAUUUUUUUGUGUUCAACAAGAAAAGGCUGGAUUUAAGGCAAAGUAGCCGGGCAGCUCUACCAAGGACAAGGCUGGCCUCAGCAGUUCAGCGUGCCGUUCCAGCCAUUCCAGCAGCCACAACAGCCGCAGUUCUUCCAGCCUCAGCGACCUGUCCCCCAACAACAGUUCUUCCAACCAGAUGCGCGACUCCAGAACGCCCAAUUUGAUCAACAACAACAACAACAGCAACUGCUGCUGCAACAACAGCAAUUUCAACAGUUCCAACCGCCCCAACAAUUCGUCCAACCACAGCCUCAACGAACGCUGCCCACACUCCAACAGCCUCAACAGGAGGUCGUUUAUCAUCACAAUGUGCGCUCCAUCGACAACUUCAACGGCGAGCGGAUGUUCUUCGAGCAGCCGCAGGUCUUCCAACAAGAAAAAGUGGAGUUGAGACGAUGGGAUUCUCUGGGAAACGACAGGUUUACAGAUAACGUUGCUGGCCAAGCCACCCCCUCCGCCGACGCCGCCACCAAGACACAUUUAUCAGCAGCAAAACGUUAAUGUUCGUAUUUUUUCUCGCUUUCGUUGAGGGAUUCCCCGAGGGCUUUACAAUGUGCUCGAGGUAACUGUGGGAAUCAAAAAGAGCCGUUCCCGAUCCGGACUCAAUAUUUUUUGACUUUGAAGCCUUAUCCGUUGGCAGGUUAUCAUUUCCAGGAACUUCUCACCUUAUAGUUCAAAAAAAAGAGUUGGAAAAAGCUUUCAAAAGGUCCUAUUUGACCUGGUUUUCAAAAUAGACUCAUUUUGAUCUCGUUUUUAAUAAUCUUCUUUUACAAAAUCCUAAAAAUUUCCAGUUCCGAGUCCCAGAGCCGCCGCCACGCUUCAUACCGCAGGUGAAAGAUUUGUUCGGAGCCGAGGGAAAACAUCUAGUUGAUAAGGUUUUUUUCUACUCUGAGAAUUUUCUUCCACGCUUACUAAAAAUAUUUUCUUUCAUCAACGUCUUUUUAUAAAAUUUCAUCUUGCAAAAGCGACAGAACCGCAAUAAUCUUAAGAAUUCCAUAUAGGGGAAACCUUAAGGGACCUUGGAAGGACGAAUUCUGCGGUCUCUAUAGGGACUGGUUUUCCCCCUAAUCCAUAUAGGGACCAAUCUAAAAUUCCUGAGGAUGAAUUUUUUGUCAAUAGCUUUUGCAAUUCUUGAAUCUUCGUCUUCUUAUACUUGUUCUGCACAUUUUUUUAAUAUAUUUUAUCUUACUAUCAGAACGUCUUGAGUUAUUCACAGUAGUUUCAGUGACAAAAACUCAAGAGAAAUUUUUUUAUUUUUUUGCUAUAUUUUUCUUUCUUCGUUAAAUCUUGAUCAGAGUUUGACAAUCUAGCCUAAAAAUUUUCGAGUUUUUAUGGAAACCUCUAUUUAGAGAGUUUUGAGAUACAUAGAAUAGAGCUUAUCGUUACAUUGGGGUUCAUAACUUGGAGUUUUGUGAGUUUGAUAAAAAAAAAUUUGCUCAUUUCACAUUUUUUACGCACAGUGGAGUUUUCCUAUUUCUCGAAUUUCACCAAUAAAAUCGCGAUUUAUUGGAAAGAAUUUCAAAAAGCUCAACCUUCUUAGGAAUUUUAGAGUGGUCUUUAUAGGGGUUAGAGGAAAAACGGCCUUUAUAAAGGUAAAAUCAAGGUGCUCCUCAUAGGGGUUUGGGAUCUGACCUCCUAGACCCUAAAGCUUGAGCGGUCCCUAUAGAGAUAUUUCAACUUCGUUCAAAAACACAUGAAAAUGCUUCUUUGCAUAGAGUACAUAAAAACUAUCGAUUAGCAUGUCCCCUAGAAAUUCAGCAGUGUUCAGAAGCUUCUCUUAAGCUAAUGAAUCUUAGUAUUUUCCCUCCAACUUUCCGAGAUUUUCAAAGCCAUUUGUUCCAGAAUGCUCAGUACAAACCACAGGAGAUCUUGGUCGACGGUCACCACGCGGCUUAUUUCGAGAACACGGCUCGGACGCAGCCAGCAGAGUCCAAGACUCGCAUUCAAAGCGCUGAACACGGAACCCAAGGAGGCGUCACUCCCGACUUUAAGCUUCGCAUGAGGGUUCGUUUGGGUGUCUGGGUCUCUCUGUCACCGGCGAGGUCAGAGAAAAAUGAAAUUAGCGCGUUAUCGUGAGAGAGUCGCCGAGAGAAGAGGAGGGCGCAGAGAAAAAAAAAUCGCGAGAAACGGAGUAUACCUUGGAAGAAACUUUUCAAACAUUAUACCAUAAUAGUAUAUAGCCUGUUCGCCGCAACUUGACAGUUUUCGCGUGUCUGCGUCUCUCUGUUCCCUCACCGGCGAGGUCAGAGAAAAAUGAAAUUAGCGCGUUAUCGUGAGAGAGUCGCCGAGAGAAGAGGAGGGCGCAGAGAAGUUCUGUCCUUAUCAAAUGAACUAUAUCCUCCUUGAAACUUCCUUGGUGUGAGAAUAGAAGCUUCUUCAAUAUUUUUGAAGCUCCCAAUUUAAUUUUUUAGGUACCCGAGCUGCCUCCUCCACAGCCGCCUAAAAAGAUAGUGAUUGGUCCAGUGUUGGCUCCACCGGCGACGCGAAAUCGCGUGACGACAUCGCAGACGUCACGCCCUCAGAGGCCUGUUCAGAAGAGUCGACGACCGGCGCCAGCGGCCAAAAAGGUUCCCGCGACAUCGCAUCUCGCGGCCCCCGUCCCUGCCGCUGCCGCUGGGGUCAGCUUUUUCUUCUUCUCUAAAAUUUGAGACUAUUUUAGGGCUUUUUAGAGUUGGUUAGUUUUUAUCUAUCAGUUUUUAAUAAGGUUUUCACCUGAAUUCUUUCAAGGUUGAAGGUUCCUAUUAAAAAAAGGUUUUGUAUAAUAAAUCUUUGAUGAGCGAAUCUAUCAAAGGCGUAUUUUCAUGGGUAACUUGAGCAUCCUGGACUGUCUGCGCUCUCUACCAAGGAGACACUGUCUCUUUUCUUAUCGUCUCAGAACCCUUCUUAGAAAUUCUAGAGUUGUCCCUAUAGGGGUUAGAGGAAAAACGACCCCUAUAAAGGUGAAAUCAAGGUCUCUAUAGGGGUUUAUAAUAUGACCUCUUAGCCCCCAAAGCUUAAGCGGUCCCUAUAGGGAACUUUCAACUUCUUUCAAAAAACGCUCAUUUAUUUAGUUCUUCGCAUAGAGUACAUAAAAACUAUCGAUUAGCAUGUCCCCUCUAGGGGCCACUUACUAAAAGACCCUAUAAUGACCACUAAAGCUUGACUAAAACCAUAACGUACGAUGUACUAAAAAGUUCUUCAGAAAAAAGGGGAAAAUAUUUUUUUUACUCAAAAAUAUUUCAGACGCCCAACGAGAAAUUUUUGUCGUGUUGCAAGAAAAGAAGCGUCGACAAGUCUUGCGAACGAAUUUGCAGCUUUGACGUCCUCAACAAAAAGACCGUGGGUUUUACUUUCAUUAUUUAAUUUUGAAGUAAAAUUUUGAUAAAGGCUUUAUUAAUUUUGAAAAUUUUUUUGUUUUUGUACUCUCACUCAUUUCUUCUCUCCAGUUGCCUUUUCAUUCCAUCACGCCUUUUUUGGAAAUUUUCAGCUUCUCAGGCAUUAAGCGUGCCUGGCUGAAUUUAAACUCAUUUAGUGGCCACUCAAGUAGCUCCUUCGCCUCUUUAGUGUUCACUUGAGAAAGGGCAGAAUCACCCUGACUUUUACCUCUUCUAAGACAUUGCUUUGUGGUUACUAGUACCAGUUACUUGUACCCGACUUUUACUUCCGCUAACUGGUGGCAAUAAAAAUAAAAAGGUACUUUGAAUAACCCGAUUUUUCUGUAAUGGCGAGUCACUUCAGUGAAAACUUUUGAUGAGGGAUUUCCUUUAUUUUUAAUCUUUUUUUAAAUAGUGAAUGAAAACUUGGAUCGCGCAAAAUGGUUUUAAGAUCGAAAAUCCGUAGCUUUUUCUUGACAUUGGUUAUCAGAAAAGAGGAUGUCUUAUAAAAUAAGGUUAUUCUAUCCGAAGUGAAAAUAAAUUGAGAUUUUUCGAUUAAGAGCAAGAGCCUAAGUUUUCCCUGAGUUGGGGCUCUUUUCAGCAACCCUUUAAGAAAGAAAAACUCCAGAAAACUUCCGGGAAAUUCCCAGAAAAUCACUUUCUGGUACAUAAGUUCUAUCUUGUAUUUCAAAAAGGCCUUUUUUGCAGUUGACGGGAAUGUUCCUGGGAACAGACCCGUGUCCGCAGUCCAACGGACUCGACCUUCUACAGUGCGCCGCCGACAACGACGACCACACGCAGUGCUGCAUCGAGCGUGACGUCACUCGGACCUCAGCCGGAAAUAAAUGCCUUGGAUUCUGCAACAUGAAGCCCGGCGUCACCUUCCAAGUUCGUCAAGUUCAAGAAGAAAAAAUAGAAGCUCCUAAAACGCUCGUGAUACAUUACAUAGAUCGGUCUGAUCCUCUCAAUGUUUUUGUUCUCUGUGGAAUCGGCUUUUUGAAAAGUUAUUUAGAGGCGUAUAACUUGAAAAAAAUUUUAUGUGACAGGUGAUUAGUUACUUGUGACAAGGGAAAAAAAAGAAACUAUGCCAUUUUUUUAUGAUACUCCGAAUUUUAUGUAAGAAAAUGAAGUUUAAAAAACCGUUGGCCCGAUCAAUAUGUCCGAUCGAAGAUUAGGAACGAAAUGAGAAGCGUUAAAAAUCAAUCGAUUAAGAUCGGCCCAAUGGUGAGAGGCAAGGGAUAUUAGGCGGUGUGUUUGGCAUCUGCGUAUAAAAAACACGAAUUGGAUGAUGGCGUCUGGGCAGACCCGGCGUUGCAAGUUCUUUGUAGCGAGUUUGCAUUGCGUUUGUUGCACUGCGCAACAACCUGAAUGCCAUACACAGGGCACCAUUCGCGUGGACAAUACCGAUGGCCAACGCAAAAAAACUAUUAGAGGGAUCAUUUUUUGAGAAUCGAUUGUAUUUCUUAAACUGUAUAUUUGGCCGAAAGCCUAUAGGAUCCUCCUAAAAGAUCUUGCAGAAAAAUCAAUUUUUAAUUUUAUACACAUUUUCUUUCAGGCCGAUGUUUCUAUGCUGCCUUGCUGGAGCGUCCUCAACGACAUCAAACAAUGCUUCAAAGAAAACCUCGAACGACUAUAA